GGGCGCGGCCUUCUGACGCGCCGUGGAAUCCUCGCGUUGCUAUUGGCUGAGCGCGAAUUUCAAAUUGUAGUUUGGAACAACAGCAACAACAGCUGAACGAAGUCAGCGGAGAUAAAGUUAAAGUUAAAGAGGAAAUGUGUUUAUAAAAGCCUGCCAACCACAGAAAGAUUGGAUCGGAAACAGGACUAAAAUACAUCUUUGAGGACUUUUAGUCAACCUAAGCGAAAUGGAUAUUGCCUCUUAUUUACAGUGCUUUGAAGGCAAUUUGAGCUCCUACACAGGAGACGACCCGCUGGAGCCGUGGGACAAGUUUGUGCAGUACCUGGAGCAGAGGUCCCCUGCAGACAGCAGCAUGUCUCUAGUCUUUGACCGACUCGUUCAGAGGUUUUUGGGCGUCGAGCAAUACGCAAACGACAUCAGAUUCGUCAACUACUGCAUCAAAUGUGCCGGGUUCUACCAGGACCCCAUCUCUAUGUACAGUCACGUGUACAGCCGAGGCGUCGGGACCCGGAGCUCGGUUCUCUACGUGGCCUGGGCUCAACAGUUCGAGCAGCGAGGGAUGAACGAGCAGGCCGAGGCCGUCUACCAGAGAGCUAUGGAGAACCAGGCCCAGCCCGCAGACAUGGUUCUACAGGAACACAGGCAGUUUCAGACCAGAACCGGCAGCCUCCCAGCUGUACCAGGAAGUCGAACCCCUCUGCAGAACUCCAGUCUAACCAAUCAGAUGACGUCACACAGGGAGCAGCAGAACAAGGCCUCUGGAGACUGUCCUCCCAAACCCCCCACACACAAGACCACCAUAUUCGUCUCUCGCUCUGAGACGUCUGGCUCCCUGGCCUCCAGUCAGAGCUCCGGGGUCCAGACGGUGUCGGCGUACCUGAAGGAGGCGCUGCUCUGUGAAGGCUCCGAGCUCUGCUUCGAGGAGGUCCGAGCAGAGAAAUACUUCAGGAAGCUCCGGGAGAAGAAAGACCUGGAGGACAGAGAGAAAAGGGAGCUGUCCCUGCGGCAGCAGGAGGAGGAGAUCCAGAGGAUGAAACGAGAGCUGGAGGGAGUCAACGCGGAGCUGCAGGGGGUCUGCUGGACCUCCUGCAGCCAGACGCCCUCACUCAGGCCGUCUGUACCAGAACCAGCCUCCAGUCUGGUCCCAGACCCGCCCCAGUUCUCCUCAGGACCUCCUCCACCCUCCCUCCGCCCCUCCAACAGGCUCUCUCUGGGCCUCAGGCUGCACACAGAGCCCCCCUUCAUCCAGGAGACCACCUCCUCCUUCCCCGAGCCUCCUUCUCCUCCUCCUCCUCCUCAGCAGGAGCAGGGUGCUCUGGUCUCAGAUGGGCCCCUCCAGCCCUGGGUGCUGGCUGACAGGAGCCUCCUCCAGACCUCCACUCAGCAGGAGUCUCUGUUUGAGCCCCCCGGCUCCGAGGACCUGCUGCUCCUCAGAGGAGCCCAGCAGCUCCCUCAGGAGGAGCAGCUUCACCCCGAGGAGCACAACACCUCACACCAGUUUGCUGCUCAGCCAGCGGAGCUCGAGGAGAAACUCAACAUGUCUCAGGGUGGGACAGUGAACCUGUCUCACAUCACUCCCAACACGUCUCUGGGCUUCGUCCAGGCCACGCCCUCCAGGGUUCUACCGUCCCCCACCGUCAACACACGGGAGGCUCUGGACGUGAUCAUGGACAUGUUCCAGGCUCCGACCCUCCUGGACGACCCGUUCAGCACCACGUUGGGGCUCCACGCCGCCGAGGCCGAGGCCGACCCGGGCUACACCACCAACGACGUGUCCUCUUGUACGAAGCCGUCGACCCCCGCCGUGUUCACCGUCUUCCAGGACGAAGACACGGACAAAGAAAACGGAAGUGCUGCUGCUCCUUCUACUCUUCAGAAGUCUAAACCAGUCAGAGCGCUCGCUGAGAUCAAUGUUUCUACCAAAACAAACGACACCGCUCCCCCGGAGCUGACCCCUGAUGAGACCCUGUGGGGGGCCCGCUACAACUCCCUCCACUCCCUGGCUGCGUGUCCCAACAGCACCUCAGACUUCGCUCUGAUGGCUCGCUGCGUCUCCACGCCGUCAGCACGCAGCGCCAGGACGCAGGACCAAGAGAAUAACUGUGACGUUGGAGACGUUGAGGAUGAUGAAGGUUUUAUGAGACGUCAGCUGAAGAAACUCAGUCCCAUCAUGGAGCAGAGUCCUCUGGACGAGACGGGCUUCAGCCAGCUGGCCCCGUCCUCCGGGGGCCACGGGACCAUCGUGGGUGAGGGCCUGGCCUCGGCCCCGCCCUUCCUCACCUCCUCCUCCUCCAUCACCCUGGUGCAGCCUCCUCCUCCGGCUGUCCUCUCCUUCAGGGACCACACCGUCUGUCCCUCCGAGUCCUCCUCCGUCCCCGGGGCCACGGCGGGGCCCGGCUGGGAGGUCUACACCAGCCCCGCGGCGGCCCCCAGACCAGCGUCCCCGCUGGGACACGAGGCCGAACCCUUCACCAUCAUGGAGGACGUGGAGGAGCCAGAGGAGCUCCAGGAGCCGCUCCACGACGUCCCCAUGUCCCCAGAGUGUCCUCUUAAACCGGACUGGCUGGCCAUCAGGAGCCCCGAGGCCCCGCCGGAGCCCGACCUGGACCUGGACCUGGACGCCUUCCUGACUCCCCGCCGCCUCCACAGAGGGGACGUGGUCCCCAGAGGGCCCCAGGACGUCCCCAUGAGUCCCCAGCAGCCCUGCAGGGACGUCCCCAUGAGCCCCCAGCAGCCCUGCAGGGACGUCCCCAUGAGCCCCCAGCAGCACCUAGUCCCCGAGGACCAGCACAUGACCAGUCCGGACCGGGCCCCGAGGCCGGGCGGGGCCCCGGGGCCCCUGCAGCUGGUGGAGGACCCCUGGGACGAGCAGCUGAUCUCAGAGCUGCUGGGCUCUCUGGCCACGCCCCUCACCGCGCACACACACUGCAUCACCUGGAACUGUAAACUGCCCAACAUCUCCCCCAAGACCACCAUCAGGAUGGGUAAAGAGUCUCUGCGGGUCGACUUCGUCCUCGGUGAAGGAGCGUUCGCUAAAGUUUACCAGGCGAGCGACCCGACCACCUCAGAGAGGAUGGUGCUGAAGGUGCAGAAGCCGGCCAACCCCUGGGAGUUCUACAUCCACACCCAGCUGGAGUCUCGACUGCGUCCUGAAGCUCUGCGUCUGUUCAGCAGCGUCCACUCAGCUCACCUGUUCACCAACGGCAGCGUGCUGCUGGGGAGCCUGCACAACUACGGCACGCUGCUGAACGUGGUGAACCUGUAUAAGACCCAGAGUGAGAAGCUGAUGCCUCAGCCUCUGGUGCUCUACUUCUCCGUCUGUCUCCUCCACAUGGUGGAGCAGCUGCACGCCGUCCGCAUCAUCCACGCCGACAUCAAGCCAGACAACUUCCUGCUGGGGGAGAGCUUCCUGGAGAACAAGUGUUUCGAGGCGGAGAACGUGGACCACGGUCUGGUUCUCAUCGACCUCGGGCAGAGCAUCGACAUGCAGCUUUUCCCAGAAGGCACUGCGUUCACCGCCAGGUGUCUGACCUCGGGCUUCCAGUGUACGGAGAUGCUCAGCGGGAAACCCUGGAGCUACCAGACGGACUACUUUGGCAUUGCGGGGACCGUCCACUGUUUACUGUUUGGGACCUACAUGCAGGUGACCAAUGAAGGAGGAGUCUGGAAAACCAACGGAGUCUUCAGACGGAACCCUCACAGCGAGCUGUGGCAGGACUUCUUCCACUCGCUGCUGAACGUGGCGAGCUGCGGCGCCCCGCCCCCCCUCGCCGCGCUGCGCCGCCGCCUGGAGGCGGAGCUACGCCAGAACUACAGCAGCCGGCUGCCCACGCUGAAGAGCCGCCUGGUGGUGCUGCUGCUGGAGGGCCACCGGGCGGGGCCCCGCAGGUGACCCCACCGGGACCCCAAAAUAUGUUAGCUUUAGAGCGUUUUAGCUGCUUUUCUAUUGGUCUGACUUCUCACAGUGAUGGUAGUUUUACUUUGAAAAAUAAAUGUUUGUUGAAGUGAAGAAGACCAGAUUGUUGAUUCAGCAGUUUUUCUUUUUGUCCCCAAUAGUUUUUAUUUAAUGUAACAGUUUAUUUGUAAAGGAUUUAUCCUCAUUUUUACUCCUCUAACUGUUUUUUAAAGCUGUUUUUAUAUUUACACUUUGUAUAAAAAGGAAACUGAGAAGAAGUUUUGCUUCUUUCUUUCUUUUUGUCUCUGUUACAGAAUUAUUUUAGGUGAAAUUAGAAGUCUGAUCAGUUUUAAAUCUGUAAAUAUUCUUCAAUGUCUGAAAAAUAUUUUCCCUUGUUCAGCUUUAAACACAUUAAAACAACAUUAAAA